AUGGAGGUUGAUAAAACCCUUCAAGAUAAGCUUCAACAAAUAACCUCUUUAUUUCCACAAAUAUCACAACAACUUAUCAAAGAAGUGAUUCAUCUUUGUUACCAAUCAACAAAUAUUCCGAGUGUUGUGUUCCGCCUUGAAGAAUUUACACGAUCAAUAUGGCCAACUUAUAGACCUAUUGUAAUUGACAUAAUUGACUGUCUAUGUGACAAAACAAAUAAAACAGAUAUAUUUCUAACAUUGCAAUUUAUUAAACAAUUUUCAUUUAGGUUACUUGAAAUUAUUACAUCAGUGUCUAUGUGUAGAGAUAUUCAGAAACAACAACUUCUAGCAACCAUUAGAAAGUGGAAAACAUUAAAAGUAUUUGAAAAAACUUUAUGUGAAGAAUUAGAGUCAUUAGUCUCUUCAUCAAUUUACCAAUUCUCUAAUUAUGGAUCAACACAAAAGUUUCUUCCAAAUACAAACAGUUUUAUCAAUAAAAAAACAAUUACUUCAGCAGAAAUUAUCAAUAUAGACUCAUCUUCUGAUGAAACAUCUUUAAACCAACAAAUUAAUAAACGUUCUCUUUUACCAAAAUUUAAUAAUCCUAAAGUGGCUUUACUUCCAAAUAGUAAUGAUAAUUUCACAAGAAAUAACUACCACAAAACAAAUAACUUUGACACAUACCGUUAUUCAAGAAGUAAUUCUCUUUCCGUAAAUCAUUAUUACUCUUCUCAAAGUUUUGACAGUAGAAAUUCAAGAAACAGAUCUAGAGAAAGAUCAUAUUCUCGAAGUGGCUCAAGAGAUAAAAACUUUGGACUACUUCCUCGUUGGGAAAAUUCAAGAAAUCGUUACCAUUCGAGGUCUAUCAGUAGGUCAAGAAAAAGGAGUUCAAGAUCCUUUUCUAGAAGACGUACAUCUCCCAGAAAGUAUAAUUUCUCAGAAAGAAGGGAUAGUUAUUCAGAUAGAAGGAGAAGUUUAUCAAAAAGAAGAGCCUUUUUUAAAGACGAUAGAGCAUACACAUUUCCUGAGACUAGUGUAAAAGAUGACUCUGAACAAAAAACAAAUCAAUUAAAUAAAACACCCUUCUAUUUAAAAUCAAGUAGAAUAAAUAAAAGACAAGCUCAACAAAAAAGAAUGAAUGAACUAGAGUUUCGAGCAUUUAAUGAAAUAAAAGAAGGCAGUAGUAAUAGUUGUGACAGUCCUUCUCCAAGAAAAGAAGACAAUGACCUUUUUGAACAGUCGAGUGAAUUUCUUUUCCAUACUAAUGCUAAUACAAAAGUAAUAACUAACGAUGUACAUAAAAUUAAUAAAAAAAUGAUGCAAAAAGAAUUAGAUGAAAUUGUCUUACAACCUCCUAUUCCACAAAAGAAAAAUGAAACAAAACUAAUUAAAACAAAUGUUAUCAUAUUUUGUGAUAUUCCAUCAUCAUGGAAAACUAAAGAAGAUGUCAUCAACACACUUGGAGGUUCAUCGAUAAAUUCAGUUGAAAUAAUACCAGAGCAUAAGUGUUGUUUUGUUUCAUUUGUUAGACAUGAUGAUGCAAUGAGAUUUAAAGUAUCCCCAAUUCCUGGUUCAGGUGCAUGUUGGGGAAAAGAGAUAUGGAUGAAAAAUUAUAUAAUAAGAGAAGAUGGUGUUGUUGAAGUUCCUGUGAAAAUGAUUCCAAAUGAUGUUCAUAUAUUUAAUGAUGGUACGUAUGAAAUUUACUAA